AUGGAGAGGAGAAAUAGAAGUGCAAUUUGGAACCAUUUCGAUAAAUCUGAAAACCUAAAAGCAAAGUGCAAAUAUUGUAGCCAAAACAUCAGCAUUGCAAGUGGUUCGUUAGGAAAUUUGUCAAGACAUAUGAAAGCUAAGCACCCUACUCUUAAAACUGUUGCUGAACGAGAGAUACAAGGACCACUUGCUGACGGACAAAAUCUGGAUAAUGUGCCUCACCUUCUUGAACCACAACCGGCAACAUCAAACAUGCAAGAUGAGCGGUUAGUGCGGAUGAUUGUCAAAGAGUACCAACCCAUUUCAAUUGUGGAAGAUAAGGAAUUCAAAAAGUUCGUCAACAUGUUGAACCCAGGAUAUUCUCUGCCCACGAGAAAAACAAUUUCUCAGACUCUCAUACCGAAUCUUUAUCUUUCCGAACUUGAAAAAUUAAAGAACCGGAUGCAGUAUAUGUACAGGUAUACUUAUGAAAAGGAACAACAGCGACUUCAAUAUUUGUUUGAAACAGUCACCAUCACAGACACUGAGUCGGACCAUGAUUCUGACGAAGAUGAGAUUUCCAGUCAUCAGUUAGAAAGUUGUUCCUCCAACCAAAUUAUCGACAAAGGUGAAGAAUAUUUGGAUUCCGAAUCGGACUGUGAUGAAGCAGAUUUUGUUCAGGAGCCUCUAGAAGCUCAUGGUUCAAACGAAGAAGCUAACAUCACAUAUUUUGAGCCACCACUCAGCAAUACCCUAAGUUUUUUGGGUAAGGAUAAGCAAACAAGAUGGAAAAAAGUUUCUCCCUUACCGAAGAAUACUAAGACUAGAUCUGAGAAUAUCAUAAAAGUAUUGCCAGGACCAAAAGAAAUUAUUGAUACUAUUGUUAUACAUACUAACGAAAUGAUUGAGGGCAUUCAAGCAAAUUUUGCAAGAGACAGGGAUGCAAAUUUUACAAAUUCAGAUGAAAUUCAUGCACUUCUGGGUUUACUGUAUUUAGCUGGAAAGUACAAGGCGAGUCAUCUCAAUUUAGACGAUUUAUGGAAAGCUGACGGAUCUGGAAUAGAAAUAUUUCGGUUAAUGGCUGUGCGACCGGGUGAUCCCAAAUUUGAGGAGACGCUUUUGCGAUGGAAUGAUGAACUUAAAAAUGAGUGUGAUUCUGAUAAUGGUGGCUCCGAUUACGAAGAUAAUGUGUCAGUUCAGUCUGAAAGUGAUUCUACCGUUUUGGAUGAGGACAGCGAAGAAGAACCAACGGCAGAUCAAGUUGAGAUUACAAGGAAGGAAAAAAAUGGACACCUUUGGAGCUCCGAGCCUCAAUAUCGAACUCGCACGCCUCGGCGAAAUAUAGUUGUACGUGUUCCUGGCCCGAAGGGUAUUGCCAAAAAUGUAUCAACAGAGUUAGAAGCAUGGAAGUUGUUCGUCAGCGAUGAUGUAAUAAACAAGAUUGUUUUGUAUACCAAUAUGGAGAUUGGGAGACAAAAAAGCAACUACAGUCAAGAUUGUGGAUAUAUCAAUAACACAGAUGACACGGAAAUUUUAGCCUUAAUAGGUCUGCUUUAUAUAUCAUGA